UCAAGCAUAAUUUGUCCAUCACAGAACUCGCUCGCUCUCUCUUGGCCCAUCCAUCCAUGGCGGCGAUAGGCGGCCACCCUUACUCGCCAAGUGACAUAGAGCUCCCUGGUUUCGUGCCGCAGCAGCUUUCACCCCUCCAACUCGUGGUGCCUCUCAUAGGCACUUCCCUCUUGGUCAUCACGGUGAUCUGGCUUGUCUCAGGCCGUGUCCUUAAUACCGGAAGAUCAGCCAGAUUAUCCAAGGCCGACCGUUUGAUCAUGUGCUGGUGGGCAAUCACUGGGUUGACCAACCUAAUCAUCGAAGCAUCCUUCCUCUUCACCCCCAAUUACCUUACCAAGGAGAGCCCCAGUUUUUUUGAUGAAAUAUGGAAAGAGUACAGCAAAGCUGACUCCAGAUAUGCCUCCAGGGACACCACAAUUGUCGCGAUCGAAGUCAUUGCGGUUUUUCUACGAGGCCCUGCAUCACUUCUUGCUAUCUAUGCUAUUGCUUCCAGAAAGUCCUACAGCUACAUUCUACAGUUUAGUGUAUGUAUGGGCCACAUCUGCGCAAUGUUGGUUUACUACAUUACUGCCUACUUAGACGGCAUGAACUUCUGCGUCAGUCCAUUCUACUUCUGGACAUAUUUUGUUGGUGCAAACUCUCCAUGGGUUGUGAUUCCAACGCUGAUAGCAAUAAGGAGCUGGAAGUUGAUAAGCCAAUCAUUUCAUUCUUCCAAGGUGAAUCAAGACUAAGUAAACCAACGCUGAUAGCAAUAAGGAGCUCGAAGUUUAUACUAGCAAUGUUCCGGUGAUGUGUUUUCCGUGAUACAAUGAUUCCUCUGUUUCAAGCACAAUUGCAAUCGAAUAAAAAAUUUACUUAUUUUUUAAGAGAGGAUGGGUCACUAUGAACCUGUUGCUUUAUUAAACUAGAUAAUUUCCCGCGCGUUGCAGCGGAAAACUAAGCUAAUAAAGAGUUUAGAUGUAAACAAUAAACAGAUGGUUCCGAAAUAUUAAAACUACUAAUGUUAUGCUAGUGUGGAAUGGUAAUAAUACAAUGUAGUGCAUGGAAACAAAAGGUGACCGUAGGCAGAGGCGAUUGUAUAAAGAAGUCGAAGAUGCUUAUUUCCUUCUGAUCAGCUGAGCUACACAUUAAAACAAACAAUAUUUGCUUGUUUUUUUCUAAAGGUUGCAACCGCUAAAAUGCAUGUAACACCUCAAAAGAUUUAUCUAACUCUAAAAAAAACAUUAAAAGGUAACACUAAAUGAAUCUCUAUUGAAGCACAUGGUACUAAGUACUCCAUUCGUCUUAAAAUAAGUGACUCAACUUUGUACUAACUUUAGUACAAAGUUAGUGUAAAGUUGAGUCACUUCUUUUGGGACGGAGGGAGUAGCAUAUUAGUGCCACAUUGUUUUUGUUUGUUAUUCCUCUUUCCAU